AGGCGCCAGAUGGAGGGCCCCAACCUGCAGCAUCGAGCUCUGUUGGACACCUUGGUGCUGACGGAGAGGGGGGCUCGCUUCGAACUGUUGGAACCGGACACACAGACCAAACUGCUUCUUUCUGUGUCACCGUGCAAAAAUGACACUGUGAGGAUACUAAUCGAUGAGAUGGAGCCCAUUAAAGCUCGCUACAGAGUUCCAGAUGUGAUUACAGGGGAGCUGCAGUGUGAACAGUAAGAUCUGAGUCACGCCU